AUGUCGAGCAACGACGUUGAGGAGGUUCAGGAAAAGAAUCUGUGGUUUUACGAAGCCUGCUCAAACGUAGCAAAACGUUUAAGUAGAGUCGGUGAGAAGAAAGAAAUUGGAAACACGCAGGAGAUGUGGACAACAACGAAGGUGCGACCGGAGCUAGGAGUUCUCCGCCACGCGCCAGAAAUUCGUCGCGGUCGCGCUCCCACCUCGCGCGUCAUCGUCGAGAGGCUCUCACCCACGGUUCAGGGCAAGCACAACCACUAUAGCCGCCAGAAGUGCCUUUAUAACCCAAGUGAUAUCACGCGCGCAACAACCAACACUCUUACACUCCAGAGACAACCACAAACAACCACAAAAUGGUGCGGCAAGCGCAAAUCAUCCAGCAAGCCGCAGGGCCCCAAGAGGAAGGAGAAGCUGCCUACCACGUUCCAGUGCCUGUUCUGCAACCACGAGAAGUCUGUCUCCGUGUCUAUCGAGAAGAAGUCCGGUGUCGGCAACUUGCAGUGCAAGGUCUGUGGACAGACGUUCCAGACUAACAUCAACUAUCUGUCUGCACCCGUUGACGUGUAUGCCGACUGGAUCGACGCCUGCGACUCCGUUGCCAAAGAGGCUGCUGCUGGGCGUGCGACUGAGCGCUCGACGAACCGCACUGGUGCGCUGCCCAAGCCCGUGGACGACGACGAUGGCUUUAUCGAGAACGACGACCUGGACGCCGAGGGCGAUUAUGAUGCUUGA